UCUGUUCCACUAUUAACUUUAGCUCCCAUAAAUUAAAACAUAAACAAAAUGUUUAAGCUGUUUAUCUUCGCCUGUGUCCUUGCCUUCGCUGCAGCCAAGCCAGGCUAUUUGGUCGGUGACGUCGCACCGGUAGCCGCUGCCUAUACCGCUCCUAUAGCUGCGGCAUACACUGCUCCUCUUGCCUAUUCAGCCUAUUCCGCGUAUACUGCACCAGUAGCUGCCUACUCAGCCUACCCGUACGCCUCGCCCUACGCAGCUUACUACCUCCGUCGUUAA